UAACACUUAGCGGCUUUCCGGAGAGGUUCACAGAUCGCAGACGCUCCACAACAUCAAGAUGGUUAUCAAUUUCGCCGCCGGUCCAGCCAAGUUGCCCGAAGAGGUCCUUAAAGAAGUGCAGGAUAACCUGCUCAACUGCAAUGGCAGCGGCAUCUCGGUCAUGGAGAUGUCCCAUCGUUCCAGCAACUAUGCCAAAAUCCAGGAGGCGGCCAUCAACGAUCUUCGAGACCUCCUGAACGUGCCCAGCAACUAUAAGAUCCUGCUGAUGCAAGGCGGUGGCACAGGACAGUUUGCAGCGGUGGCAAUGAAUUUAAUUGGGAAAACUGGCAGUGCCGAUUAUGUAAUCACCGGUUCUUGGUCCUCCAAGGCGGCCAAGGAGGCGGCUCAGUAUGGCAAUGUGAACACUGUGUUCCCAAAGUUGGCCAAAUAUACAUCCGUUCCGCGGCAGGACACUUGGAAACUGGAUCCCAAGGCCUCGUAUGUCUACUAUUGCGACAAUGAAACCGUAGAGGGUGUGGAGUUUGACUUUGUGCCCGAGGUUCCAGCGGGUGUUCCACUGGUCGCUGAUAUGUCCUCCAAUUUCCUGUCGCGCCCCGUGGAUGUCUCCAAGUUUGGCGUGAUCUAUGCGGGAGCCCAGAAGAAUGUUGGACCAGCCGGCGUCACGGUGAUCAUUGUCAGGGAGGACUUGAUAGGCAAACAUCUCAAGAUCACGCCCUCCAUCCUGAACUUUGAGCUGAUGGACAAGAACAGCUCGCUGCUAAACACUCCGCCGACUUUUGGCAUCUAUGUAAUGGGCUUGGUCUUCAAGUGGAUCAAGCGGAAUGGAGGCGUCGCUGGCAUGGCCAAGCUGGCUGCGGCCAAGUCAAAGCUUAUUUACGAUACCAUUGAGCAGUCAAAUGGUUUCUUCUACUGCCCAUUGGAUGCAAAUGUGCGUUCUAGGAUGAAUGUGCCCUUUCGGAUUGGCAGUGCCAGCGGGGAUGAUGCGCUGGAGAAGGAGUUCCUGACCAAGGCCGAGGCGGAGGGCAUGAUUCAGUUGAAGGGUCAUCGCUCGGUUGGCGGCAUUCGUGCAUCCCUCUACAAUGCGGUUACGCUGGAGGAGACCCAGCAGUUGGCCAAUCUCAUGCUGGCCUUUUACAAAAACAAUAAAAACUAAGAGUGUUCCUUUGUAA